AUUCAAUUAAAUUCAACAAAAAACAGUAAAGGAAAAAAAAUGGGUUAACAAUAAAUGUUCUCAAACCAGUAAAAAUAAAAAGUAAUUUAUAAAGCAAAUGAACAUUGAAAACCGAUACCGAUCCAUGUUCUCACUCAGCUCAGAAAGUUCAGAAAAUAAACAGUAAAAAUGGGUCGUACUCAAAGGAAAAGAAAGCGAAUUAAGUCACGCAGCUUUCAUAAGUGCGAUGGUGAAACUAAAUUAAUUCAAUUAAACUCUUGGCUGUCUAAAGAAGGCGUAAGACGGAAUCAUAAAUUAAUUCUGGCUGUGUUUGACGAUACUGGUCGUGGAGUACUAACAAAUAAAAAGAUAUCAGCAGGCGAAGAAUUAAUAACCUUACCCAUAAAUUCUACAAUAAAUGUGAUUACUAUUCUCUCAGACAUUCCCUUUCGUAGUAUAUUUUCAAGGAAUAAUGAAUGCUUAUUGAAAUUUAAAGCAUCAGUAUCUUUUCAAUCUCUUUUGGCUUUCUAUUUAUCUUACUUAAAGUUGCGAGGCGCUAGAACUAAAUGGUUUAUAUACUUGAACAGUUUACCAGAAGAAUACACUGUGCCAUACUUUUUACAUAAAGACAUACAAAAUAAUCUUGAUGCAGAUAUAUUUUCUAUAAUCUCUAAACAGAAAGUGAUAAUUCAAAAUUCCUAUUAUAUUUUUGAAAAUAUUUUGAGGACUUGUGUAUGUGAUGACAAUUUUAUACAACUUUUAAGGAGGAAUUUUAACUUAAAAUUAUAUGAAUGGGCCUAUUUCACUGUCAACACCAGGUGUGUCUAUAUGGACUUAACAAAUGUGUUAGACUUAAAGAAUAUUCAAUGUACUCUACUUAGUUUAGUAAAUGAUAAUACCAAAAUAUCACUCUGUCCUUACCUAGAUAUGAUAAAUCAUAGUCCUAAUUCAAGAAAUGAGACAAAAUUAAUGAUACCAAAAGACUUUCCCAGUGUCGACAUUAUAAAUUUACAUCAAGAGUUUUUUUCUGAUGUGUGGUUUUCAAUUUACACUAAAAACAAUUUUGAUCCUUUUACUCAAGUGUUUAUAUGUUAUGGAGAUAGCCAUAACUUAAAACUGAUAACUGAGUAUGGUUUUUUCUUACCUAACAAUGAACUAGACUGUGUGUUAUUUAGUUAUGAAAAUAUUAUUAAUUUUUUAAGUUUGAACUCCUUUAAAUUAUCACAGGAUCAAAGUUCUUUUGUUGAUAGUCAUGGGCUAAACAAAGAUCUGUACAUCGAUUUUAGAGGUCUAAGUUUCAACCUUUACGGAUUAUUAAUGGUUGUAAAGUAUUAUUAUGAUGAUACUAUAGAUGUAAGUAGAUUAAUAUAUUCAGCCGCUGUAGGUUCUUAUAACAAAGAUUUAAAUGACAUGAUAAAGCCAAUGAUUAAAAACAAACUUGAUGAAAUAAAAAAAUCUAUUAAAACACUUAUUAAUUAUCAAAAUAAAUGUGUUAUCAUAGAUAAUUGUGUAGGUCUUAUGAGUCAAUAUGUUAAUAUUUUAGAAAAGUUUAUUAAAUGUUAGUUGUACAUAUUGGAUGUAAGUCUAGUUUUUAUUAAAAUACAAUUAGUAUUUUAAAAUGUAAUUUAUCAUUUUCAAUAGGUUACAAUGUGACAAGCUGAUCGUCUGAAUUAAUUGCAAAAACAUAUCCUGUCGAAUGUCGAAAAUUAUGUGAAUAAAUAAAUAAUAAUAGAAAUAGUCCAUUUAUUUAGUUGGUUAUACCUGGGUAUGGAAUUUCAGUAAUACUACAAGGGGUCCAACUUCUCAUAAGUUAAAUAUUUUAUUUUUGUUUCCAUUAAAAUGAUAGACCCCGACAGACCCGAUAAAACUCAUUAAAUUAAACUGUUUUACGUACAUAUUCGCGCCUU